UUUUUUAAUUCAAACAAUUAUCAACUCUGUUUUUGUGAAGAAAUUUGUAUUUUUGGACUAUAUUUUACCUUUUUCAGGAUAAAUUUCUCUAGAAAGUUCAUUUUUCGCGUCAUGGCAUUCCACUUCCUGAUUUUAUGCAGGUUAGCCACAAGUUUUAAGAAUUUGGCACAAGGAUUUAGUUACCAAUUCACACUUUUCUUUGUCCUUGAAAAUGUUAGUUUUAGGAUAUCCUUUUUUUUAUUUAUUUUUUAUUUUUUAUCUAGUAAUAUUAAAAAUAUGGCAUAGACAGAUAUAUGAUUUUGAAAGUGCGAAGAGAGCUGGCGACCUAUUUGGCUAUCCUCUAAUGAUAAAGAGUAGGAGGCUUGCUUAUGAUGGGCAUGGAAACGCUGCUGCUAAGAGUGAAGAGGAGAUCUCUUCUGCAGUAAAUGUCCUUGGAGGCUAUGAUCGUGCAUUAUAUGUUGAGAAAUGGGCUCCAUCUGUAAAGGUCUAUGUUGCAAGCAAUCUUCAGCUCAUUGGUCUCAAGAUCUGUCUAUAUGGUAACUUCUACUGCCACCCUAAUUUUUAACCAAGCAAUGGCUUGACAUCCACUAUAUGUUUGGUUGUCAUUGAUAUAUAAAACGGUCCAAAAAUUAGCUUUAACUUUUGAUCUUUUUCUGUUUAAUGAUGAUGUGCUCUGCCAUUGCAAACCUAACAAAAGCACUAAAGUUGUGCCAUAUUUAUGCAAUGAUACUGAAUUGAUCCCUGUGUAUAAACUAAAUUGAUGGCUGGCCAAUAUUUAAUUUAACUGUUUUUUUUUCUCUGGGCUACACCUGAGCGAGACAAGAGCGGGGAGUUGGGAGCAUUCGAAGCGGAGUUAUCAGCACCAACUGUAAAACCCAAGUUUUGUAUAUAAUUAUUUUUGGAUAGAUUAGUAAUUAAAUUAAUUUAUAUGGGUCAUUUAGUAAUAUUAAGAAAUUUGUUAUGAGAUGGUAUUAUAAUUUAUAUAACAUAGAUGGAUAAUUUUGUAAUUUUGAGAAACUAGGUUAAUAAACCCACAUGUUUUGCUUCAAGCUUGGGAGAAGAACAAAAAAAACAGAGGGCUCGGGAGGUUUUUUUUGAAGGCUGCCGCAGGGUUUGAAAAAAAACAAAAAAAUAAAAAAAGGGGGGGGGGGAGAUUCAUAUAGUGAUGAUUUUGAUCUAAUCAUCUCUUGGAGGCAAGAUUUUUAAUGGUUCUCCUAUCUAUUAAUUUAGUUUCAAUAUAACAAUGCAUGAUUCGUAUGGAUAGAUAUGAAAAGAUAAACAUAUUUGUUUAAUCUGAUAUUGGGUGUCGGUUUUGCCAAAAUAUGAAUACGGUGGGUUGUUUUGGCACUUAAAAGGAGAUUUCUUUAGGCAGAGUAUCUUGUAUGUUGAUUGGGUGUGUGUAUUUUGGGGCUGAUAUGUGAUAGGUAAUUCUAAUGGUGGUACAUUUGUAGGAUACAAGCUUUAACUGCUAGCAACCAUGGGUUUAUAUAUGUAAAAAAAUAACAAUAGAAUAAAAUAAGUCUUGAAGAUUGCGGAAGCCGUAUUUUGGGGUUUUGGAAUUUACUUGUAGAGUACAGGAUUAGAUUAUUAUAUUAUAAAGAAAAGAAUGAUGGAUGCAUCAUGGUGAUCAAUAAUAAUUGUUUAUGUGGUGCAAUAUUU